AUGUCAAAUCGACUCGACAAAUCCCCGUACUUUUACUGCAUGUUGGGGAAUCCUAAGGCAUCAUUCGGUACCAUUUCCGCAGACCUACAUCGCAUUCGCCGCAGUGCCUUGAACCCGUUCUUCUCGCAACAAGCAGUUUCCAAGUUUUCUAGCCACGUCCAGGCGAUCGUCGAUCGCUUCAUGCACCGUAUAGAGACCUGCGCAGAACGGGGCGAGUCAAUCCCGCUAUCUUAUGCAUACCGCUGUGUCACUGUCGAUAUUAUCACGGAAUAUAUCUUCGGCCAUCAAUUCAAGCUACUUGACCGAGCCGACUGGGGGAAAGAAUUCUACUCCGCAUGGCGGAGUCUAUGGGAGUUGUCUCCCACCAUUCGUCAAUUUCCCUGGAUGAUGGACGCUUUUAUGGCGAUGCCAAGAUGGUUCACUGCGUUAACAAACCCAAAAGCUUUGGAAGUUGUAGACCUUUUUUCAAAUGUGGAUGAACAGACCAAAACACUAUUAACGUCAAACCCCAAGGAGAUCGAAUCGAAACAGCACCCAGUUGUGAUCUGGGAAUUAUCCAAGACCGACAUACUUUCCCAAAGCGAAAAGACAUUUAGUCGACUUGCGGUUGAGGCAAACGGACUGCUUGCUGCAGGCUUCGAAACGACGGGCAGUAUUCUGACCCAUACAACGUAUCUCAUACUUGCUCAUCCAGAUGCCCAUCGUAAGCUGUUGGUGGAGUUGAUGGAGGCGAUUCCCAAUCCAGGACAAAUUCCGAGUUUUCAGAACCUAGAAAAGCUUCCGUAUCUUGGUGCCGUUGUAAAGGAAGGACUUCGCCUCGCUGUGGGAGCAUGGUCUCGUCUUCCGCGCGUGAAUCGGUCCGAAGACAUGCAAUACCGUAAUUGGGUGAUCCCUGCUGGUACCGAGAUUGGCAUGUCUGCUCUCUUUAUCUCAAAAAACCCACUUCUGUUCCCAGAUCCAGAAUCAUUUAAGCCGGAAAGAUGGCUCAGCGUGAACCCUAGCGAUGAUCGCUUGGAGCAAUACAUUCUUGCCUUUGGUAAAGGGACCCGAUCCUGUGUGGGGAUUAAUCUAGCCUAUGCGGAAAUGUACACUAUUCUCGCUACGCUUUUUCGAAAAUUCCCCCAACUUCAAUUGCACAAUACAACUGCUAGGGAUGUUGAACAUGUCCAUGAUUACUUUGCGGGUAUGACAAGGGCAGGCUCCCAUGGACUACAGGUAAUCGUUGGCAAGUAA